AGUUUUAUCAAACGCUUUUUACUCCGUUUCUAUCGUUUCUGGAAACAGAAACGGUAGAAACGCGUUUCUUGAAACGUUAUCAAACGGACCCUUAGAAUCUACUGUUUCUAUUACUCUAUUAUAUUUAAUAGAUUCUAAAUGUUCAAAUCAAAGAUGUACCUAUUACCAAAUAAAUAAAUAAAUAAAAAAUAGGGACAAGGAAUCUUUCUCUUACUUCAACCUGAUCCAGACUUUUUUUCUUUUUUCUGUCCCUCGACUGGUGGUUAUAUGUACAGUUGUUAGAUAACUCUGAUGUACUGUCAACUUUUAUCUUAUUAGGAUUUACAAUUAUAAGAUACUAUUAGUUUUUUUUUCCCUCAAAGAUUUCGUCAUGUUAGGAUUAUAAAAUUCACACUUUCAAUUUUUUAUAUCGACUACAUACUAGGUCAAUGUGUGCUGGCGAUUCCUCUCCACCCCGUUAGCUUAGAGAACCUUGUUCUCAUUUAUAUAUAUACAAGCAAUGUCUAUAUUUCCCAUUCCUCCAUUUCUUGCAAAGUUGUUACUGCUUAAGAGUCUUCAGACUUAGAGAAGCCAUGGAAGUCCAACAAAUUUUCCAUAUGAAUGGGGGCAGUGGAGAAACUAGCUACGUUCGUAACUCCAAACUUCAAAAAGUAGUGAUAACCAAAGCAAAACCAGUGAUGAUUCGGAGCAUUUCAAAAUUGUGUACCACCAACUUACCUCAAUGUUUAAGGGUAGCAGAUUUGGGCUGCUCUUCAGGGCCCAACACCUUAUUGGUGAACUCAGAGAUCAUUGAGGCUAUUGAUGAAACAUGCCAUCAGUUGAAUUGUAAUACGCCAGAAAUCCAAGUGUUCCUCAAUGAUCUUCCAAGUAAUGACUUCAACACUAUUUUCAAAACCUUGCCAACCUUCUAUGAGCAACUAAAGAAGGAGAAAGGUGAAACUUUUGGGCCAUGUUCCAUCUUAGGAGUACCUGGUUCUUUCUAUGGGAGGCUCUUUCCAAGCAGUACUAUAGACUUCUUUCAUUCCUCUAACAGCCUUCAUUGGCUCUCUCAGGUUCCUUCAAUGGUUGAGAGCAACAAGAGGAAUAUUUACUUGGCAAGGACGAGUCCUCCCAGUGUGAUCAAAGCAUAUUUGGAGCAAUUUCAAAAGGAUUUCUCUUUAUUUCUUAGCUUGCGUUCCAAGGAAAUAACACCAGGAGGACAAAUGGUUCUAAUAAUGGUAGGCAGGAGAAGUGAAGAUCAUUUUGGCAACAACGAGGGUUACUAUUGGGAUCUCUUGUCUAAGUCAUUGAAUGAAUUGGUCUCAGAGGGUCUCAUUGAAGAAGCUAAAUUGGAUUCAUUCAAUUUGCCUUACUAUAUACCUUCUCGUAAAGAGUUAGAGGCUAUAGUUUGUGCAGAAAGAUCAUUUUAUAUUGAUGAACUAGAAAUCUAUGAUGUCAAUUGGGCUGCUGGUGAUGAUGAUGAUAACAAAGAGUUCAAGCUCGAUAGAUUUAUAAGUGGGCAAAAAUUGGCAAAGUGUAUGAGAGCUGCGAUAGAAUCACUGCUCACUUGUCACUUUGGGGAUGGUAUAAUUGAUGUUUUAUUCGAUAGAUAUGUGGAGUAUAUCAGUGACCACCUCUCCAAAGAGGAGGAAAAGUUUUCUAAUUUUGUAAUUUCCUUGAAGGGGAAGUGAAGCUUUGGGAUCUUUGAGCAGGGUAAGAAUGUUAAUCUAGUAAUUUCCAUCAUAAAUAAGUAUAAAAAUGUGUUUAAGCUGUGGCUGGCACUGACUAGCCAAACCUCUUGUAUUACUGGAAGGAAAAAAGAAAUGAUCAACCUUCCGAAUAAAUGUAGUGAUUUUGGAGGCAGAUUAAUGCGAAA